CCUGAUCAGAUUCGUGCCUCCUCAGGCCUCAGUCUCUUUGAAGCAGCCCACAUCUUGGUUUGGGGACCCACGACGCCACCUCCUCGGUUCCUGGGUCCGCGGCUGGCAUUCCUCCCAGCCGGCCCUCAGGCAAAGGACUGUCCCCGGAGCAGAAACGCCUCUGCGGGGUCCUUCCGAACGGCGGGCGCAGCGGUGCGGCGGCGUGGGGCGGAAGCGCGGUCUCCGGCAGCGGACUAGGAGCAUUUGGCUGGGAGAGCGGUAGCAUCAUGGAUACCGACUUAUAUGACGAGUUUGGAAAUUAUAUUGGACCAGAGCUUGAUUCUGAUGAAGAUGAUGAUGAACUGGGCAGAGAGACCAAAGAUCUUGAUGAGAUGGAUGAUGACGACGAUGACGAUGACGUAGGAGAUCACGAUGAGGACCACCCUGGGAUGGAGGUGGUGCUGCACGAGGACAAGAAGUACUACCCCACAGCUGAGGAGGUGUACGGUCCUGAGGUGGAGACCAUCGUGCAAGAGGAAGACACCCAGCCUCUCACCGAACCUAUAAUUAAGCCGGUGAAAACCAAGAAGUUCACUCUGAUGGAGCAGACUUUACCUGUCACGGUGUAUGAAAUGGACUUCUUGGCAGAUUUGAUGGAUAACUCGGAGCUCAUCAGAAAUGUGACCCUCUGUGGCCAUCUCCACCAUGGCAAGACAUGUUUUGUAGAUUGUUUAAUAGAGCAGACUCACCCGGAAAUCAGGAAGCGCUAUGACCAAGAUCUGUGCUACACUGACAUCCUCUUCACAGAGCAGGAGAGAGGUGUUGGCAUCAAAAGCACUCCAGUGACAGUGGUCUUGCCAGAUACCAAAGGAAAGUCUUACCUCUUCAAUAUCAUGGACACUCCAGGACAUGUGAAUUUUUCUGAUGAGGUCACAGCUGGCUUGCGCAUCUCAGAUGGAGUUGUCCUUUUCAUCGAUGCGGCUGAAGGGGUGAUGCUAAACACAGAGCGGCUGAUCAAGCACGCAGUACAGGAGAGGCUGGCGGUCACCGUGUGCAUCAACAAGAUUGACCGGCUGAUCCUGGAGCUAAAGCUGCCGCCAACUGAUGCUUAUUAUAAGCUGCGCCACAUCGUAGAUGAGGUCAACGGAUUAAUAAGCAUGUACUCCACCGAUGAGAACCUGAUCCUUUCCCCGCUCCUGGGCAACGUCUGCUUCUCCAGCUCCCAGUACAGCAUCUGCUUCACACUCGGCUCCUUUGCCAAGAUCUAUGCUGACACCUUCGGUGACAUUAACUACCAGGAAUUUGCUAAAAGACUCUGGGGUGACAUCUACUUCAACCCCAAAACACGAAAAUUCACAAAAAAGGCCCCAACCAGCAGCUCCCAGAGGAGCUUUGUGGAGUUUAUCUUGGAGCCUCUGUAUAAGAUCCUUGCUCAGGUUGUGGGUGACGUGGACACCAGCCUCCCCAGGACCCUGGAUGAGCUUGGCAUUCAUCUGACCAAAGAAGAGCUUAAGCUGAAUAUCCGCCCCCUGCUCAGGCUGGUCUGCAAAAAAUUCUUUGGUGAAUUCACAGGCUUUGUGGACAUGUGUGUGCAGCAUAUCCCCUCUCCAAAGGUGGGCGCCAAGCCCAAGAUUGAGCACACCUACACUGGCGGUGUGGAUUCUGAUCUCGGCGAGGCCAUGAGCGACUGUGAUCCUGACGGUCCCCUGAUGUGCCACACCACCAAGAUGUACAGCACGGAUGAUGGAGUUCAGUUUCAUGCCUUUGGCCGGGUGCUGAGUGGCACCAUCCAUGCCGGGCAGCCCGUGAAGGUGCUGGGGGAGAACUACACCCUGGAGGAUGAGGAAGACUCCCAGAUAUGCACCGUGGGUCGUCUUUGGAUCUCUGUGGCCAGGUACCACAUUGAGGUGAACCGUGUUCCUGCUGGCAACUGGGUUCUGAUCGAAGGUGUUGAUCAACCAAUUGUGAAGACAGCAACCAUAACUGAACCCCGAGGCAAUGAGGAGGCUCAGAUUUUCCGCCCCUUGAAGUUCAACACCACAUCCGUUAUCAAGAUUGCCGUGGAACCAGUCAACCCCUCAGAGCUACCCAAGAUGCUGGACGGUCUGCGCAAGGUCAACAAGAGCUAUCCAUCCCUCACCACCAAGGUGGAAGAGUCUGGGGAGCACGUGAUUCUAGGUACUGGGGAGCUGUACCUAGACUGUGUGAUGCAUGAUUUACGGAAGAUGUACUCAGAGAUCGACAUCAAGGUGGCUGACCCCGUUGUCACGUUUUGUGAGACGGUGGUGGAGACAUCUUCCCUCAAGUGCUUUGCUGAAACGCCCAAUAAGAAGAAUAAGAUCACCAUGAUUGCUGAGCCUCUCGAGAAGGGCCUCGCCGAGGACAUAGAGAAUGAGGUGGUCCAGAUCACGUGGAACAGGAAGAAACUGGGAGAAUUCUUCCAGACCAAGUACGAUUGGGAUCUGCUGGCUGCCCGUUCUAUCUGGGCUUUUGGCCCUGAUGCCACCGGCCCCAACAUCCUGGUGGAUGAUACCCUGCCUUCUGAGGUGGACAAGGCUCUUCUUGGCUCAGUGAAGGACAGCAUUGUUCAAGGUUUCCAGUGGGGAACCAGGGAGGGGCCCCUCUGUGACGAGUUGAUUCGAAAUGUCAAGUUUAAGAUCCUGGAUGCAGUGGUUGCCCAAGAGCCCUUGCACCGGGGCGGGGGCCAAAUCAUCCCCACGGCCAGGAGAGUUGUCUAUUCUGCCUUCCUCAUGGCCACUCCUCGUCUGAUGGAGCCUUACUACUUCGUGGAGGUCCAGGCCCCUGCAGAUUGUGUCUCUGCUGUGUAUACUGUCCUGGCCAGGCGCAGGGGGCAUGUGACUCAGGAUGCACCCAUCCCAGGCUCCCCUCUCUACACCAUCAAAGCUUUCAUCCCCGCCAUUGACUCUUUUGGCUUUGAGACCGAUCUGCGGACUCACACCCAGGGGCAGGCCUUUUCCUUGUCUGUCUUCCACCAUUGGCAGAUUGUGCCCGGUGAUCCUCUGGACAAGAGCAUUGUCAUCCGUCCCCUGGAGCCACAACCAGCUCCUCACCUGGCCCGAGAAUUCAUGAUCAAAACCCGUCGCAGGAAGGGACUGAGUGAGGAUGUGAGCAUCAGCAAGUUCUUUGAUGAUCCCAUGUUGCUGGAGCUCGCCAAGCAGGAUGUUGUGCUCAAUUACCCCAUGUGAGUGUCGGGACUCCUGGCAGCCCCUGCUCCCUGCAGUGGGCUGUAUCCUGGACUUGAAGCUGGGACCUGGUGUGACCUGGACUCCAUGUUGUCAGAGAGCAUCUGGGAGCUGCUGUGGCCAUUUUUAACAACCUCAAAGCCUCCAACCCAGAGUCCCAACGAGGGAAGAGUAUUUGGCCUCCUGGUUCCUCUGCAGCCUCUGCCUGGCUCCAUUCCCAUGGAACAGAGAAGAGCUCGGGCUCGGAGAAGGAGAAGGGGACAAAGUGUUUAACCCCAAGGGGCCCUGUCUUCAGGAUUUACAUGGAAUUUUUUUUUUUUUUUUUACAAGUUUGACCUUAGACAUGGAUUUUAAAUGAACAGAACAUUCUGACCUCUGCCUUGCUCUGUUCCUUUCAUCCCUACCCCCCCUGCCCCUCCCCCUUUCCUCCAACAGUCUGGUCUUGGCACUUGGGUUCUGAAUGAAUAUAUGUCAUCUCAUGUGAA